UAUAACUAGGUAUAUUAAUUUUGAGGUUAAAAUUUGUGUGUUGGUUCGGACUUGUUUCUUGGUUUUUGUUUGUAUUACCUUAAUAUACUCAAUAUUAGCUUUAUAAAAAAUCUUAAAAAAACAAGCAAAUUAAUAUUCUGAUGGAUGAAACAAACAUAGAAAAGAGACCACAAUUCGGAAACAGAUAUCUGGAAAAUGUUGACGAGGUCUUCAAACAUAAUGCGUGGUAUUGUAUUCACUACAUUUAUCAGACUGUGCUCUAAGAAACCAAAAUGUUGUCAUGAAUAUAUUGAACAGUUAGAAAAAACUAGACAUAGGAAAAAGCCUGCUGGUGGCUCAAGAUAUCUAAAAAAUGAAUCUGAUGUUUAUCUUUUUAAUGCUUGGGACAAUGUACAAUGGGAUUCAGAGCAAGAGAAUGCUGCCAAAGCCAAAGUUCAACAAAACUCACAGGUGACAUUUUCUGAGGAUCAUGUUAAGUCUUUGGAAGAGAAUGCUGACAAACAUUGGGAUGCCUUCUAUGACAUACAUCAGAACAGAUUCUUCAAAGACAGACACUGGUUAUUUACUGAGUUCCCAGAGCUGGCUCCAGACAAUACAUCUGCACCAGAGAGAGUAUACCCUGAAACUGAUACAACAAACACUCCAACCCUAACCACAUUGUCACAAGAUGAAAAAACAAAACACUACAUCUUUGAAAUUGGAUGUGGUGUGGGCAAUACUAUUUUCCCUAUUUUACAAUACAGCCAGGACCCAAAUUUAUUUAUUUAUGGCUGUGAUUUCUCAUCAAAAGCUAUUGAUAUCAUGCAACAGAAUGAACUGUAUAAUACAAAGAGGUGUAACGUGUUUGUCAUGGAUGCUACUGCUACAAAUUGGGAGGUGCCAUUUGAAGAAAACUCGAUAGAUAUUAUUGUGCUCAUAUUUGUUUUAUCUGCCAUUGAUCCCAACAAAAUGCCAACUGUAAUCAGCAACAUAUACAAAUACUUGAGACCAGGGGGACUCAUUGUAUUUCGAGACUAUGGCAAGUAUGACUUGGCUCAACUACGGUUCAAGAAAGGCCGCUGUCUAUCUGAUAACUUCUAUGCAAGAGGAGAUAACACUAGGGUAUACUUCUUCACCCAAGAAGAGAUAUCAAGCCUAUUCAAAAAUGCAGGUUUCUUAGAAGAACAAAAUUUAAUAGACAGAAGACUUCAAGUAAACAGGGGUAAAAUGUUGACUAUGUACAGAAUAUGGAUUCAAGGGAAAUACAGAAAACCUUUAUAAAUUAUCUGUUAAUUAUUUUUUUAAAUAAAAAAUUUAUAAAACAAAAAUUUUUUAACAGAGAGCACAAACAAAUUAAUAUAAACUUACAGUUAUAAUAAACCUUAUUAUAGAUUAUUAAAUAAUAAUUUAUAUGUUUAUUAAUUUAAAUGCCUUAGCCUUCCGUUAUGCUGAUAAUUUAUUGUUUAUUACAAACAUAUUGUUAUUCAAGAUUUUUUUUUUACCUCCAGCUUAAAACCAUAAGGUUUAACAUGUGAAUUCAUUACUUUCGAUGCAAUUUUGAGAGGUGGCCCUUCCCAGCUUACUUUUACUCUUUUUAACAGCUUCUUGAAGAAUAUUUCAAUCUCCAACUCUGCUAUUCGGCGGCCUAUGCACGAUCUAACCCCCAUUCCGAAAGGUGAGGUAACCAUAGGGUGCGUAUUCCCGUAGUAAAGUGGAUCACUUUUGUCAACUAUCCA